CCUGUGACUGACGCCUGUGUAACCCUCUGAAUAAUAGCUUUCAUGAUCUCACCACCAACAACCAAAUAUUCAUAACAACAAAAAUGACUAUUCUCAACAAUUAGCCAUUCAAGCCAAUUUAAAGUGAAAGUGAAACUUGUUUUUUUUCCUCCAACCGAGUGGCUGCUCUAUUAUGUUUACCGACAAAACAGUCAACCAAUGGGAUGCAAGAUGCCAUCCGGAAAACUCACUUCCCGCGUGUCCACUUCCUACAAUGCCAUUUGACUUUUCAAAGAUUGUUUACAAGCACUCUCAGUACCGAAAAUUUACCCACCCAAAUGACCACAAUUCCCCAUAAAUUCUCCUCAAAUUAUCCAAAAGUGUUUAAAAUGAAAGUGAACAAUUGCCCAAAACCCAUAAUAUUGUUAUUAAAUCAUGUGUGAUUGUGAAUAGAUGACCCACUUGUUGCAUUUAGGUUAUGGCGUUUAUAAACAAAAGAUAUUUCGUGAAAAUUUGUUCAACAAAGAGUGAAUGUACAUUGAUGUGAUAAAUAAACGUGUUCAUCUGGAAUGCAGAGUCGCGUUGGAAUGGAGGCUCCUGGUUUGAGUCUCUUCCAGGGUUCUGACAGUAUACACAUUAGUGGUGGAGGGCAGCGACAGGAGGAGGAGGAGGAGCAGGAGGAUCAGAGGCGACGUAAUGAGGAGCUGAAGAAUAUACUGACAAAUGCCUUCGACGAUUUCGAGGACGACGAUGAUGCUAAUUCAGUGAACAGCAGUCACAACUGCACUGAUGCAUCACGAGGUGUGGACAGCAGUAUAAUAGACAAGAGUUCAAUACACGAGAGGGAGGAGAAAGGUCCAACGGUGUCGCAGUAUCAGAAUGAGUUUGGUGUCUAUGGACAGCGUGAUACGAGCUCCUUCCCCCCCAGUGACACUGAUAAGGGGCCAACUGUCUCUGAUAUGCAGAGAGAGUUUGGAGUUUACGGUCGCUUAUCGACGCCACACAAUAAUAAUAGGGAUAACAAGUCCUUGAAUUCGGUGGGUGAGAGUCCUUAUGAAUUACCAAGGCCUCCUAGUUUGACGAAUCCAGCAUCUUACCCUCACGAUCUCAGAGCCCAAAUCAAUGAUGGCUACACAUUGCUGGAGAAUUAUCCGUACAAUUAUCAGACUCCCUCCAAUCAUUACGAUGGAGUCAAGCUAAAUUAUCAGAAUAAUGGGUACAUUGGAGCUUAUGAGAACAACAUAGCUCAGAGGGACUCGCGGGAUUAUGGUGGUGGUGGUGAUAAUGAUAUUGAUUCGGAGCAUCACAAUCACUGCUACAAAACCAGUCCCAAUGGUUGUGCAAUUAACGACACUAGUGCGUACAUAAGAGCUGAGUACAACAGCAAAGAGCAGCUUGAGGUUUUGUAUUCAGUUAGGAUGAGGGAGAUUCAACAGCUCACUGAGAAGCUUCAGCAGGUACACCUGGAAAAGGAGGAGGAGAAGGAGCAAUUGAUGAGGAAGUUGGCGCUGGCACAGGCUGAGAUUGAACGAUCAAACUUGUCGAGGAAUCAAGCGCAAAAUUCACUGGUUGAUGCUAAAGCCGAGAUUGUUGAGCUGCAGAACCAGGUGGCGGAUUUUCAGGAGAAGAUUGCAGUGAUGGAGAAGACGAAUCAAAAUAUGGUUGAGGAUCUGUCGGUGGCGAGGAGCUCGGUGGUGGAGUUGCAGCAGAAGAUCAGUGUUCUUGAGAGGGUGCAGACGCUUCAGGCUAAUGACAAGACGCAUGAGAAAUUCCUGAAACAAGCGCAAGAGAAACAUGCUGUUGAGAUGAGAAACAUGCAGACACAGAUCGAUUUGCUUACGGAUAAAUUGAAUGCCAAGGAAUCUUCAUACGUUGCGUUAGAGCACAAACUAGCUGAUGUACGAAGAGCCCAUGAGACACUUAUGGUGGAGAAGGGCGACGCGAUGAAUCGUUUGGCCGAGGCUCUUGAGUUGAGUCAGACUCAAUGCAGAAAUCUCAUGACUUCGAAUGACGCUCAGGAGAAUAUGCAGCUUCAGGGCAAAGUAAAAUUGCUGUCUCACGAGAAAGAGGAACUGCGAAAAAUGAUACAAGAUUUGCAGCAUAAAUUAGAAGUGGCUAAAUCAGACGCCCAUCACUACGAAUCUCUCCUCACUACGACAAUGGAAGAAGGGUCUGAUUCAAUUCGUCAAAUGAAACUCGGUGAAUUUCACAACAAAUCUCGAGCGAACGACGACAUAACGAAUAAAUUGCAAGGUGAACUCCAGCGUUGCAUAGCAGGGCAGGCUGUAAAACGAAAAGAAAUUACACGUCUCGAGAACACUAUAGCUCAGAAAGACAAGGAGCUGGAGAAGACCCAAACCCUCGCCGAGACCUGUCAGCAAGAGGCAGCACGUUAUGCAAAACGAGUCAACGAGCUGGAGCAGGAAUUAAAAUCACUGCUAACAGAGCACACAGUCAAAGCAAACUCCCAAAUUCAAAGAUUAUCAGAACAUCUGACAGAAAUGAAGAGUAUGAACGAAACUCUUCGUCGAGAAAAAGAAGAUUUGGAACAGAAAUUGGAGGAAACUUUGGCACAUCAGGAGGAGACAUUGCAAAAACUUCAUCAGGAGACUCUUCACCAACGCGAAAAUCAAAUGAUUGAUGAAUACAACAAAGAGUACCUAGAGAUGCAUGACAAAGCUAUUGAGAGGGUUCGACAAGAGGCUCAGGACGAGAUCCUUCAAUUGACAGUUCAACUGGAACAAACGCAAAAGGAACUAAAUCGAGUGAAAGAAAUGUAUAUAGACGUGUGUGGAACUAAAGAGCAAUUGAUCAACGAUCAUCGAAAUGAGAUUCAAGAGUUGAAAUCAACUUACGCCAAGUUUAAUUCUCAAAAAGCUGAAUUGGACAGAAUAAAACGAGAAUUCGAGGGGCAAAUAAAAAUCUCUUCGAGAUUAACACAUGAGUGUGAAGCGCAUAAAAACAAGAUAAUGGAAUUGGAAAAAGACUUGAGUAGUGAAAGGAAACAUCGAGUGGAGUAUCGUAAGAAGAUUGACGCUGAAAUUGAAAGAGCCAAAGAAGAAGCCCUGGCUGAGUUACGAAACGCCCAUCCAAACCACCAAAUAAGUGUUCUUUUCCCUGAUCACUGUACAGAGCAUUCCGAGAGAAUCGCUGAGCUCGAGGAGGACUGCAAACGUCUAGAGCAGAAGUUGUCAAGUGCUGUUGAGGAACAAAGAAAACUCCUUGAGCUUCAGAGUGAACUGGACAAUGCAAAAAUUAAAAUAGCACAAAUGGAAAUAGCCCAUGAAACUAUGAAGCAGAAAUGCGAGACUGUUAAAAAGGAAAAGCAAGAUUUAUCGAUGAAACUCGCAAAAUCCGAACAAGAACUGUCCAAUUCACGAACUAAUAAAACAGAUGAUCCUAAAUUGCACAAUUAUUCUAUUAAAAUCCAGAUGGAGAACGAGACAUUGAAGGAUAAGUGCGACAGUUUACUGAAGGACAAAAUGGAGUACAAAAAACGAUUAUCAGAAAUGCAGAUGCAUCUCAAUGAUAGCAAGAAAAAGAUAGCCCAAGGGGAGCAUAAUGUUAGUCGACCAAAUGACAGCCUAUCAAAUACUCGAGGUGAUCUGGAGAAGGAGUUGAAUCAGUAUAAAGAUAUUGUUAAAAAAUUAACAGACCAAUUAAACACUAGUAGUGACGGUAGGAAGAGGGACAUGUACCUGGAUGUCAGAGUAAAGCAGUUGGAGCUGGAACUUCAGGAGAAGGAUGCCCAGUUGCAGAGAUUAAAGGAGUUGGAUAGGAUCAAAGCUGAGAGGGACCAAUUAGUGACAAAACUGAAAACUCAAGCAAUGCAGUUUGAGCAGUAUGUUAAGAGUCAGAGGCAAGUGUCGGCUGAGUUGAAUCUCUCUCCUCGAAGUAUGCAGGAUGGGAUUGACUUUCAGAAGCUCCAAGAAAUGCCAAAUGAGGAGAUACAGCCGAAAGCUGAAGAGUUGAGAAUGAUUGAGGAUCAGCAUAGGGAGAAGCAGAAACAUAUUGAGGAGAAGUAUAAAUCAGUUUUAAUCGAGUUGAACAAACGUUAUGAUGAGAAAACAAAGGAAUUAGAGGCCGCGAAGGAAGCAAUAAUGGCGGAGAAGUUGAGGCUGCAUAAUUCGUUCAAGGAGCAGAAGCAGUUUGUGGGGCAGAUGAUUGAGGCAAAGCUAGAGGGAUAUAGGCAAGAGCUUUUAGCGAGAAAAUUAAAAAUCGAGGAGUUGCAAACGGAAUUGAAAAAAAAGGAAAUGGACAUGGAGGAGGAAAAAAAUUAUAUGGCUCAGAUGAUGGCCCAAUGGGCUGCUGAGAUUGAAGGGAGCAAGAGGAAGGAGAAAAAGAUGCAGGAGGACAUUGACAGGCUCCAGGAAAUUGAGAAUAGCUUGAGGGAGGAAAUUAAGGGGCUACAGGGCAAGGAAAAGAAGCUUAAAGAAAGCUUUGAUACGCUAAAGCACAAGUAUCAGGUAGCGAAAACUACUGCUCAGAAUUACAAGGAAUAUGCUGCUAAAGAAAAAGAAUUUUAUUCUCUCGAGUGCAAACGCAUCGACGAGGGAUACAAAGAGGCCAUAAGUCGAGUACAACAGAACUUUUAUGAUAUUCUUGAAACACAGGAAAAAGAGGCGAAAAAAAAAAUUGAACAGGUAGAGAAAGAGCACGAGGAGCAACUGCAGAAAUUGCGACAAAAAAAGAAGUACAAAGAAAAAAGUUGAAGUACGUAUUGACUAAUAUUUUCAUUCAUAUAUUUAAUAAAAUUUCACAUAGUUUGCAAUAUAGCUUUUAAAGGCCCUUUCAGAUACGAAGUUAAUAGAGGCUGGUUUUAUUAUAUAAUGAUGUGAACAAAUGAGAGGAAAUGCACUUUAUUGUACAACACAUUUUUAGUUUUAAAGUGAUCAAUAAUGUUCAUGGAAAUAUUCGCGUCAUGUUGAGAAUUUUAUUAUCUUUAACGUUAGUUAGAAUUUUCGAAUAAUUAAAUUUUAGAUAUCAGAGAAUAGUUUAUUAUUAUAGAAUACGACAUUAAGUUGCCAAUGUGGGGACAAACUCGCAGAACACACGUUUGAUAUCAGGUCUCAAAUGAGUUGAAAAAUUUAAUGAAAAUAAAUCCUUUGACUGCCCGGUUGAGAAAUUUAGUUUUAUCAAUUUAACAGUUCUAUUUUAUAUUUUUUUAUACUAGUUAAAUCCACAAUGCUUGCCAAAUUACUACCUUUCAUUUUGUGGUUAAAAAUAUUAAGUUUUCAUGCACAAAACUUUUUCAGUAUUGCUUUCAAAGAGGCCUCAAUAACCUGAGGACGGUUCAACAGCCUUUAUGAUUGAACAGUAUCAAAUUUUCUUGAAUGAGGGUAUAAGGAGGUCUAUAUUGAAGUGGAUAAAUGUAAUAAGUCAAAUAUGACGUUGUUAUUGAUAGUACAAUUAUCUUAGAAUUCAUUGAGCUUAAUGUAAAUUAUCAGCAGACCUCGUUUGUAGCAAAGACAAUUUUUCACAAAAAAAAAAUUGAUAUUUUGUGCUGAAGUCACUCAUUAUUAGAACAAUUCUAAAGUCAACAGGAAUAGAUGAGCCGACUCAUGACAUUUUAUCAGUUUGAUGACGAAUUAAACGUGAAAUUUCUAUGAUCAAUUGUAUUGUAUAAAAUCGUCAGAUUUCUUUAGUUUUCAUUUUUUGUACAGAAUCUAAGUACAAUGUGCAAGAUUAAGCAGCCAUACAUUAGAAAAUAUCAUAAUAUAUUAGAAGCAGGACUGAUAGAGUAUGAUUGAAACACCCCUGUGGGCCGGUUGCACCAAACUCUGUUCGUUAUUUACACCCUAGAAUGAAUUUAUUCCUGUGUGAACAUUAUGGAGUAAUUGGUCGUUAACUGGCGGUUUAUUCGACUGAAGCUGGUGCAACCGGGCCUGAGGCUUUUUUUUUAUAGAGAACCAAAAGUUGAGUGAAAUUAUUAAAUGUAGUGAUGGUUCGCAUUAUUUAAACAUGAAGAAGGGCAUAAGUUUUCCGUAUACUUUGAUACCUUUAGACACAUAAUAAUUCCUUCAUUAAUCGCGUUUAUGUAAUUCAAGCUCUCUUAUAACUGUAUAAAAUAAUCGGUUCGUACAAUCCAUAUUUUGUGUUUUUAGUGCAGAAUAUCCAAUCUACUCUCAUAAUACGUUCAUAAUAUAUAAAUUAGUAAAAGAAAGAUUGUAAAUUUCAUCGUACUGGGCCCAAUUUCGAAUGUCAGAUUUUCUAGUGAACGACGACAUUUAGGAUGACUAAAAUUUCGAGAAAAAAAAACAAACGCAAAAUUUUCACUGACGAAUUUUAAAUUGUAAUAAUGAAUAAAUCAUCACUGAAUAGAGA